AUGGCUUCCUCGACCAUUCCUUCUUCUUCCACCGCGUCUAAGAGUUCGUCCCUCCCCUCGCCUACACCUCCCCUCACCUCCCUCCCCUCACCUCCCUCCCCUCGCCUACCCCUCCCCUCACCUCCCUCCCCUCACCUCCCUCCCCUCACCUCCCUCCCCUCACCUCCCUCCCCUCGCCUACCCCUCCCCUCACCUCCCUCCCCUCGCCUACCCCUCCCCUCACCUCCCUCCCCUCACCUUCCUCCCCUCACGUCCCUCCCCUCACGUCCCUCCCCUCGCCUCCCUCCCCUCACCUCCCUUCCCUCGCCUACCCCUCCCCUCACCUCCCUCCCCUCACCUCCCUCCCCUCACCUCCCUCCCCUCGCCUACCCCUCCCCUCACCUCCCUUCCCUCACCUCCCUCCCCUCGCCUACCCCUCCCAUAACAACCCUCCCCCCACCUACCUCCCCUAACUUGCGUCCCCUCCCCUCACCUACCCCUCCCCUCAUCUCCCUCCCCUCACCUUCCUCCCCUCACCUCCCUCCCCUCACCUCCCUCCCCUCACCUCCCUCCCCGCACCUCCCUCCCCUCACCUCCCUCCCCUCACCUCCCUCCCCUCACCUCCCUUCCCUCACCUCCCUCCCCUCACCUCCCUCCCCUCACCUCCCUCCCCUCACCUCCCUCCCCUCACCUCCCUCCCCUCACCUCCCUCCCCUCGCCUCCCUCCCCUCGCCUCCCUCCCCUCACCUCCCUCCCCUCACCUCCCUCCCCUCACCUCCCUCCCCUCACCUACCCCUCCCCUCACCUCCCUCCCCUCACCUCCCUCCCGUCACCUCCCUCCCCUCACCUACCCCUCCCCUCACCUCCCUCCCCUCACCUCCCUCCCCUCGCCUCCCUCCCCUCGCCUCCCUCCCCUCACCUCCCUCCCCUCACCUCCCUCCCCUCACCUCCCUCCCCUCACCUACCCCUCCCCUCACCUCCCUCCCCUCACCUCCCUCCCGUCACCUCCCUCCCCUCACCUGCCCCUCCCCUCACCUCCCUUCCCUCACCUCCCUCCCCUCACCUACCCCUCCACUCACCUCCCUCCCCUCACCUCCCUCCCCUCACCUCCCUCCCCUCACCUCCCUCCCCUCACCUCCCUCCCCUCACCUCCCUUCCCUCACCUCCCUCCCCUCACCUACCCCUCCACUCACCUCCCUCCCCUCACCUACCCCUCCCCUCACCUCCCUCCCCUCACCUCCCUCCCCUCGCCUCCCUCCCCUCGCCUCCCUCCCCUCACCUCCCUCCCCUCACCUACCCCUCCCCUCACCUCCCUCCCCUCACCUCCCUCCCGUCACCUCCCUCCCCGCACCUCCCUCCCCUCACCUCCCUCCCCUCACCUCCCUCCCCUCACCUCCCUCCCCUCACCUCCCUCCCCUCACCUCCCUCCCCUCACCUCCCUCCCCUCACCUCCCUCCCCUCAUCUCCCUCCCCUCACCUACCCCAGGCAGGCACCUCCUCCACGGAGAGGGGGGUGGGGAGGGAGAGGGGGAUGGGGAUGGGGAGGGAGAGGGGGAUGGGGAGGGAGAGGGGGAUGGGGAGGGAGAGGGGGAUGGGGAGAGAGAGGGGGAUGCAGGGGAUACGCCGCCUCAUAGCUCCCUGUUCCCAUGCGUCGUUACCCCUGAGGUCCCCGUCUCCCGUCCCUGGGACGAGAGGGGAGGGAGGGAAUCACCAGGUAAGCUGUGUGGGCGGUGUGCGCCUUUCAGAGGGGGAGAGGUGGAGUGGGUAGUAACUAAAGCAAGAGGGGGGGAGAUGGUGGAGGAGAACCAUGAGUCAAACCGAGACAACUACACUUAUCCUUUACUCCUAUCACUCCCCCUCAUCUUAAACCAUUCCUUCCCUUAUUCCUCCUUCCUUUUCCCUCUUCCUCUCCCUUUUCUUCCUCCCUCUCCUCUUUUCCCUUUCCUCUCCAUUUACCCUCGUCAUCUCACUUUACCCUUUUCCCUCUUCCUUUACCCCCUUCCCUCCUUUUCCCCUUUCCCUCCCUUAUUCCCCUUCCCUCCCUGCAACCCCUCCCCUUCAUUUACACUCCUCCCUUCAUUUAACCCUUCCCCUCCCUUCACCCCCUCCUAUCCCUGUAUUCCUUCCCGGCUGCCACGUCGGACUGCCCUUCCAAGACAGACUGCCUCCAAGACGGACUGCCUCCAAGCCGGACUGCCUCCAAGACGGACUGCCUCCAAGACAGACCGCUUUUCAAAGACGGACUGCUUUUCCAAGACAGACUGCCUUACCAAGGCGGACUGCCUAACCAAGACGGACUGCCUUACCAAGACGGACUGCCUUACCAAGACGGACCACCUUACCAAGACUGACUGCCUUUCCAAGACGGACUGCCUUUCCAAGACGAACUGCCUUUCCAAGACGGACUGCCUUUCCAAGACGGACUGCCUUACCAAGACGGACGGCCUUACCAAGACGGACGGCCUUACCAAGACGGACUGCCUUACCAAGAGGGACUGCCUUACCAAGACGGACUGCCUUACCAAGACGAACUGUCUUACCAAGACAGACUGCCUUACAAAGACGGACCGCCUCUCCAAGACGGACUGCCUUACCAAGACGGACUUCCUUUUCAAGACGGACUGCCUUACGAAGACGGACUGCCUAACCAAGAGGGACUGCCUUACCAAGAGGGACUGCCUUAUCAAGACGGAAUGCCUUACCAAGACGGACUGCCUUACCAAGACGGACUGCCUUACCAAGACACACUGCCUUACCAAAACCGACUGCCUUACCAAGACGGACUGCCUUACCAAGACGGACUUCCUUACCAAGACGGACUGCCUUACCAAGACCGACUGCCUUUCCAAGACGGACUGCCUUACCAAGACGGACUGCCUUACCAAGACAGACUGCCUUACCAAGACGGACUGCCUUACCAAGACGGCCUGCCUUACCAAGACGGACUGCCUUAUCAAGACGGACUGCCUUACCAAGACCGACGGCCUUACCAAGACGGACUGCCUUACCAAGAUAGACUGCAUUACCAAGAGGGACUGCCUUACCAAGACGGACUGCCUUACCAAGACGGACAGCCUCCAAGACGGACUGGCUUACCAAGACAGACUCCCGUACCAAGACGGACUGCCUUACCAAGACGGACUGCCUCCAAGACGGACUGCAUUACCAAGACGGACUGCCUUACCAAGACGGACUGCGUUUGCAGGACGGACUGCCUCACCAAGACAGACCGCCUCCAAGACGGACUGCCUCCGAGACGGACUGCUUUUCCAAGACGGACUGGUUUUGCUAGACGGACUGCUUUUCCAAGACGGACUGCCUUUUCAAGACGACGGACUGCUUUACCAAGACGGACUGCCUUACCAAGACGGUCUGUCUUACCAAGACGACUGCCUUACCAAGACGGACUGCCUUUCCAAGACGGACUGCCUUACCAAGACGGACUGCCUUACCAAGACGGACUGCCUUACCAAGACGGACUGCCUUACGAAGAUGGACUGCCUUACCGAGACGGACUGCCUUACCAAGAGGGACUGCCUUAUGAAGACGGACUGCCUUACCAAGACGGCCUGCCUUACCAAGACAGACUGCCUUUCCAAGACGAACUGCCUUACCAAGACGGACUGCCUUACAAAGACGGACUGCCUUACCAAGACGGACUGCCUUACCAAGACGGACUGCCUUUCCAAGACGGAGUGCCUUACCAAGACGGACUUCCUUACCAAGACGGACUGCCUUACCAAGACGGACUGCCCGGACUGCCCUACCAAGACGGACUGCCUUACCAAGACAGAAUACUUUACCAAGAUGGACUUCCUUUCCAAGACGGAAUGCUUUUCCAAGACGGACUGCCUUACCAAGACGGACUGCCUUACCAAGACGGACUUCCUUACCAAGAUGCACUGCCUUACCAAGACGGACUGCCUUACCAAGACGGACUUCCUUAUCAAGACGGACUGCCUUACCAAGACCAACUACCUUACCAAGACGCACUGCCUUACCAAGACGGACUGCCUUACCAAGACGGACUUCCUUACCAAGACGGACUGCCUUACCAAGACCGACUGCCUUUCCAAGACGGACUGCCUGACCAAGACGGACUGCCUUACCAAGACAGACCGCCUUACCAAGACGGACUGCCUUACCAAGACGGCCUGCCUUACCAAGACGGACUGCCUUAUCAAGACGGACUGCCUUACCAAGACCGACUGCCUUACCAAGACGGACUGCCUUUCAAAGACGGACUGCCUUACCAAGAGGGACUGCCUUACCAAGACGGACUGCCUUACCAAGACGGAGUGCCUCCAAGACGGACUGUCUUACCAAUACAGACUGCCUCCAAGAUGCACUGCCUCCGAGACAGACUGCUUUUCCAAGACGGACUGGUUUUCCUAG